AGUAGGUGCGGAGCCAGGGGCAGAGGGUGGGGGAAACGUCUUGGAGAAGAGAACGGCCUUCAGCCUGUUUCUCCAGGAUCCUCAACGCGCCCCCCACCCCCUCUACCUCCCGUCAGUCAGCUCCCCCAGAGGAAGGUGGACUGGGGCGGGAGACCAGCCUGAGAGCUUCCUGCUAUUGUCCCCAGACUCGUCUCCCCUUCUCCAUCCCUUCCCCAGCCUCCCCCUCCACCCUCCCUUGACUCUGGUUGUGACUCUGGCUCUGACCCUGACCACUCCCCAGAUGUGGCUGUAGGGCCAGGAGGAGAGAGAAGGGUUGUUUUCUCUCCCAGCAAAGGGAGGACCUGGGAGGAGAAAGGGAUGGCCAGGCCUCCCCCAUUUGCUUCAGGUGGGGGGUAUGAUGCAUCUGGGAUUGGUCUCAGCAGAGUAAGCCUUUCCCCAGGUCCAGGGUGAGAUGAGAACUGCUCAGAUGCUGCUCCUCCAAGAACAAAUGUGGGAAAAGCCCUCUUAACGAUGUAUCAAGCAAGUCUAGGGGCCAAUGCAAAGGCCAACCAAGUGUUUUCAGAGGCUGGACUAAUCCAGCCCAAGGUGGGGGGUGGGGUGCAGAGACAUUGGGCAGGAGGUAGGCAGGACUUGCUCUUUCAGGGGAGAAGGAAGAGGCUGGGGGUGCUCACUAUCAGAGCAUUUUGCCUAGAAAUGAAGAGCAUGUAAAUGAGAUGCAAAUUAGCCUCUAUUGUCCCCAGCUAGGGCGCUUUUGCUAUGAAGGCUGCUGGAUUCUGAGGGUUUUAAUGUGGGAGUGGUCGGCAUGCCCCACAAACUCUCCCUGUCACCCUUUUCCCCAAGACUGGGCCUUCAAUUCCAGGAGUUUCUGGCUAGGGCCCAACCCCAGCCCCUGUCCUCACAUCUCCAGGUUUGAGGCGGCGAGCACCUUUGUAAUCAAGCUCACUGUCACUGUCAAUGCCCCCCACACCCACACCCUUCCAGGGCAGCCUGUCCCUUUUCCUAGCCUCAGUAGACUUCUCCCAAAUUUUCACAUUUACUUUUAAGAGAUGUGGUAAGGAGGUCUAACUAAGCCUCUUCCCUCCUGUCCCUUCUUCCAUCAGGUCAGAGGUUUUCUAUCCCCUCAACCCCCCACAGGAGUCACGACCCCAGGGCCGGCAUAUGGGUGAGGGGGCACCCCCUGGGGCCUGAGCUGCCCCGCACAGGAUGCCCCGUGCCCCCCACUUCAUGCCCUUGCUGCUUCUGCUGCUGUGGCUCUCACUUCCCCAUACCAGGGCUGCCUUUCCCCAAGACCCAGUCCCUCUGCUGACCUCCGACCUGCAAGGGACUUCCCCAUCAUCCUGGUUCCGGGGCCUGGAGGAUGAUGCUGUGGUUGCAGAACUUGGGCUGGACUUUCAGAGAUUCCUGACCUUGAACCGGACCUUGCUAGUAGCUGCCCGGGAUCACGUUUUCUCCUUCGAUCUUCAAGCCCAGGAGGGAGAGGGGCUGGUGCCCAACAAGUACCUAACAUGGCGGAGCCACGACAUGGACAACUGUGCUGUGCGGGGGAAGCUGACGGACGAGUGCCACAACUAUAUCCGUGUUCUCGUUCCCUGGGACUCCCAGACGCUCCUUGCCUGUGGCACGAACUCCUUCAGCCCUGUGUGCCGCAGCUAUGGGAUAACUUCGCUGCAGCAGGAGGGUGAAGAGCUGAGUGGGCAGGCUCGAUGCCCCUUUGAUGCCACCCAGUCCAACGUGGCUGUCUUUGCAGAGGGCAGCCUGUACUCAGCCACGGCAGCAGAUUUCCAGGCCAGUGAUGCUGUGGUUUACAGAAGCCUUGGGCCUCAGCCCCCACUCCGCUCGGCCAAGUACGACUCCAAGUGGCUCAGAGAGCCACACUUCGUCUACGCCCUGGAGCAUGGGGACCACGUCUACUUCUUCUUCCGUGAAGUGUCCGUGGAGGAUGCCCGGCUGGGAAGGGUGCAGUUCUCUCGAGUGGCCCGUGUGUGCAAACGUGACAUGGGCGGCUCGCCUAGGGCCCUGGACCGCCACUGGACAUCCUUCCUGAAGCUGCGGCUCAACUGCUCUGUCCCUGGGGAUUCUACCUUCUAUUUUGACGUCUUACAGGCCUUAACCGGGCCUGUGAACUUAUAUGGCCGCCCUGCUCUUUUUGGGGUCUUCACCACCCAGACCAAUAGCAUCCCUGGCUCUGCGGUCUGUGCCUUCUACCUGGAUGAUAUCAAGCAUGGAUUUGAGGGCAAGUUCAAGGAGCAGAGGAGUCUGGACGGGGCCUGGACACCUGUGUCUGAAGACAGGGUUCCCUCCCCAAGGCCAGGAUCCUGUGCGGGGGUGGGUGUGGCUGCCCUGUUCCCCUCUUCCAGAGAUCUCCCUGACGAGGUCCUGACCUUCAUCAAGGCUCACCCGUUGCUGGACCCUGCCGUGCCACCCGCCACCCAUCAGCCUCUGCUCACCCUCACCAGCAGGGCCCUACUGACCCAGGUAGCGGUGGACGGUAGGGCCGGUCCCUACGGUAACACCACAGUCCUGUUUCUGGGCUCUGACGAUGGGACAGUGCUGAAGGUGCUGCCCCCGGGUGGGCCAUCUGGGGGCCCUGAGCCCAUCCUGUUGGAAGAGAUCAAAGCCUACAGCCCCUCCAGGUGCAGUGGGAAGCGGGCAGCCCGGACAGCACGGCGGGUAAUAGGGCUGGAGCUGGACACCGAGGGUCACAGGCUCUUCGUGGCUUUUUCCGGCUGUAUCAUCUACCUCCCUCUCAGUCGGUGCUCCCGGCACGGGGCCUGUCGGAGGAGCUGUCUGGCUUCUCAGGACCCAUACUGUGGCUGGCAUCGCUCCAGAGGCUGUGUGGCUGUCAGGGGGCCUGGUAGGGCUGAUGUGUUUCCAGCUGGGAGCCAGGACACCAUGGAGGACAGUGACUGCCAAGAUGGAGCUACUGGGAGUCAGUCUGGCACAGGGGAUCCUGCUUAUGUGCUUCUGGGUCCUGGCCCUCCCCCUGAGACCCCCAGCCCCCCCAGUGAUGCCCACCCCUGGCCCCAGUCUUCCACUAUUGGAGCUCACACUCAGGGGGUGCGCCGGGAACUCCCCCCAGCCUCAGCCUCCCUCUCCGUCCCCAUCCCACUCCUCCUGGCCUGUGCCGCCGCAGCCUUCGCCCUGGGCGCCUCGGUCUCUGGCCUCCUGGUCUCCUGCGCGUGCCGCCGAGCCCACCGACGUCGGAGCAAGGACGUUGAGACUCCGGGGCUCCCGCGCCCUCUCUCCCUUCGCAGCUUGGCCCGGCUGCACGGUGCGGGCCCGGAGCCGCCGCCGUCCAAGGACGGAGAAGGGGCGCAGACGCCCCAGCUCUACACUACCUUCCUGCCUCCCCCUGACGGCGUAGCCCCGCCGGAGCUGGCUUGCCUGCCCACACCGGAGUCCACGCCCGAGCUGCCGGUCAAGCACCUCCGCCACGCGGGGGCGCCGUGGGAGUGGAACCAGAACGGGAACAACGCCAAGGAGGGCCCGGGCCGCGCGCGGGGCGGCCACGCGGCGGGCGGCCUCGCGCCACGCGUGCUGGUGAGGCCGCCGCCGCCCGGCUGUCCCGGGCAGGCCGUGGAGGUCACCACCCUGGAGGAACUGCUGCGCUACCUGCACGGCCCGCAGCCACCGCGGAAGGGGGCCGAGCCCCCCGCCAUCUUUACCUCGCGGGCGCUCCCGCCAGAGCCCGUCCCCACGCCCCCACUUUUUGCGGGCUCCAGCCUCCUCCCCCGGGAGUGUGGGCCGCCACUGCGGCUGGACGUGCCCCCCGAGGGCAAGUGCGCGGCCCCGUCCCCGCGGCCCGCGCUGUCCGCCCCCGCUCCCCGGCUAGGGGUUGGGGGCAGCCGGAGAAUGCCCUUCCCCACUCACCGUGCGCCUCCCGCCCUGCUGACUCGGGUCCCCUCUGGGGGCCCCUCCAGGUACUGCGGGGGGCCCGGCAGACACCUCCAGUACCUGGGCCGGCAGGAGGGCUAUCGGGGCCGCGCCCUAAAGAGGGUGGACGUCGAGAAGCCCCAGCUGUCCCCGAAGCCGCCCCUCGGCGCGCCCCCCUCGCAGCAGACCGUCCCCAACGGCAGCCACUUUAACUUUUAGAGGGAGCUGCGCCACGUCCUCGAAUUGGGCCCUUGAGGCCCGCGCGCGCCGAGGCUGACCGCAUGGAGGCGUCUUCAAGGACAAAACCCCUCCCUCUCUCCGCGUUCCACACCUCCAGCCUUUCUGGACUCUGAGAGUCUCCCGGGGCCCCAGCCCGCUUCGGGUUUAUUUAUUGACUGUCUUUCCCCCUGUCCUCGAGAGAGGAGUGGGAGGUGAGAAGCUCGCCCCCUCAGUGAGCCAGCUUUUCGAGGGGGACCCAGCGCACUCCCACUCCCCCUUCCCUCAGCCAAGCUGCCUUAACUCGCCCCUUCGGGCCUCCUCCACAGACUGGGCCGCGGGCGGGCCGCAGGACGGACGGAUGGACCGACGGGGCUGGGGCCGCGCGCGCGCUAUGUAUAGUCCCCGGGCCUCCCGGGACGUGCCUCCUCCUACUGUGUAGGAGCCUCCGCUUCCCAAUACAGCUUUGUCCCCGA